CUUGGGGUUAUCUUUCUGGUCGUACUAUCUGGACGGGAUAACCCUUGGGAUAAUCAUAUCAUAUCAUUAUUGAUUAUAUAAAUAAAGUUUUGAAUAAUAAAAAUGGCUGACAGUAAGGCGACCGUUGGCAUUUCUAUCGUCGCCCUUGUCUUGGUGGUGGCGGUGGUGUCGGUGGCGGUGGUGGUUACCCGGAAAGAGGACAAUCCGGCGGAACACGACCGAACAUCGACCGACCCGCAUGUUACUUCGUCGACCAAAGCCGCCGUGGACAACGUUUGCAAGCCGACGUUGCAUAGCGAUACGUGCAAGAAGGAGCUCUCCGCCGCCACCAACAGCACCGACACGAAGGAGCUGGUGGAAGUGGCGUUUAAUGUUACGAUGAAAGAGAUCUCCAAGGUUAUGAAGAAGUCCAAGACUCUCCAGGACGCCGCCAAGGACCCCCGGACCUCUGAAGCGUUCAAGGUCUGUCAGGGCCUGUUGGAGGACUCCAUUGAUGACAUCCGGCGCUCCUUGGACCGGAUGCUCGACUACACCGCCGCCGCCGCCAAUCUCGACCUCUACAUGAAUGAUAUUAAGGUAUGGCUGAGCGGCGCCUUGACGUUCGAGAACACAUGUCUGGACGGAUUCCUCGGCACGAAAGGGGACAGUGCGGAAAAAAUGAAAAAGCUAUUGAAGACAGCUAAACAGCUCACCGGCAAUACCCUGGAAAUGGUUAAUGUAAUCCAUGAGGCUUUAGCUUCUUUCGACAUUUCAGGUUUUACCCGCCGGAGACUCCUCAAGAACCCCAGCAGGGAUUUACCGGAAUGGGUUACCGGCGCCCAGCGCCGCCUCCUCCAGUCGAAGGCUCCGGCGGCCCCUGACAUGGUGGUCGCUAAGGACGGUUCCGGGAAAUACAAGACCAUCAAUGAGGCCAUCCCGAAUAUCCCGCUCAAAGGGACUAAGCCGUUCGUGGUCUACAUCAAGGCCGGAGUUUAUCAAGAACAUGUUCUUCUUACGAAGAAGAUGAGGAACGUGGUUUUCGUCGGAGAUGGUCCGACGAAAACAAAGAUUACUGGUGACAGGAGUUUCAUAGGAGGGUACCAAACUAGUGAAACCGCGACGGUUAUAGCUAAGGGUGAUGGGUUUGUGGCGAAGAAUAUAGGCGUUGAGAAUUCCGCCGGAGCUGCAAAACAUCAGGCGGUGGCGCUCCGGGUGCAGGCGGAUCAGGCCGUCGUGUACAACUGCCAAAUCGACGGCUACCAAGACACGCUCUACGUGCACGCCCACCGCCAAUUCUACCGCGACUGCACCAUCACCGGAACCAUCGACUUCGUGUUCGGAAACGCCGCCGCCGUUUUCCAGAACUGCACGUUGAUGAUCCGGAAGCCCCUGAUAAACAACGGCUCCGGCCAAUCUUGCAUGGUGACGGCCCAGGGGAGAGCCCAAGCCGACGAGCCCACCGGAAUCGUGAUCAUGAACUCCCAAAUCACCUCCUCUCCCGGAUACAAAACCUCCCCGAGCCCGAUCGUCUCCUUCUUGGGACGCCCAUGGAGACAACACUCGAGGACAGUGAUCAUCAACUCGAAAAUCGACGCCCCCAUCGCGCCGGAGGGGUGGUCGCCGUUCCAGGGAACGUGGGGACUCACGGACUGUUGGUACGGCGAGUUCGGAAACACCGGGAAGGGUUCGGUUUUGAGCAAGAGAGCUAAGUGGCCUGGAAUCAAAGGGCGGAUCAAUAAAGCACACGCUGAAGGUUUUGCUCCCGGAAAAUUCAUUUUGGGCGACACUUGGAUCCCUGCUACUAAGGUGCCUUAUGCCGCCGGCUUAAAUCCCAACAAAUCUUCGCCUUCUUCAUCUUCACCCACACCCUCACCCAGUUAAAAAAGAAUAUGAUAUUAUUAGCAGUUAGAGUUCAGCUGUUAGUGAAUUGGAUUAGCAAUUAGUUCAUAGCGGAGUAUAUGUUAGUAUUUUUGACAAGUGGAUUGUGUC